UCCCGGAGGGCGGAGGGAGGAGACCUGCAUCUCCCAUUAGCUGCCUUUUCCCUAGCUCACUUCUCCACCUUCGCAGGUCUCACUUCUCAGCGCUCUUCAUUGAGCCAUGGGGCCCUGGAGCCCAAUCUCCUGGGCCUGCUUAGGCUGCUGGCUGUGGACUCUACACGCCUGUGCAGCCCUGGAGCCCACCUCUGCGAUCCCAGAGGAUGAGUUAACCCCUGGAGCCGGGUCUCCCACAGAGGAGGGCAGUUUGCUCCGUGCCAGAGUCCUGGCAGCCAUAGAGACAGCAGUCACCUCGGCAGCACGAUCGCCUCCGUCCCUGUCCGACAUGGCUGCAAACCCUGACGUGACUACGUUGCCUGGAGAAAGCACCAUUUCAAGUAGCCACGCCAGCGAAGCCAGCGCCUCUUUUCCAACAGAAGUAGCAACAGCUAGUUUGGUGUCAGCAGUGAAUGGGGACAACGUAAAUUCUGUCCCUGAAACAGCGUCUUCCCCCCUAGAGCCAGUAGCGAGCGGCAGUGAAGCAGGGGCGACCCCUACAGAAGAAGCAGAAACUUCAGCGAGCGUGACCAACUCUUCGCACGCUUCUCCGGAAAACAGGACAGUUACCAUGACUCCGGCAGGUGAAGCGGUCGCCACGUUGGCCUUGUUCUACUCCAGCCCAAAAUACCCUCACCCGACCCGCUUCUCACAUUCCGAGUUGGAGGUAACGGGAUCCGUUCCUGGCGCGUUCUCCAGUGUCACCACCUCCUCUCCUCUCUCUGCAGCUCCUGAGGACGGGAGAGCCACACCCGGCAUCCACUGGCACUGUUGUGCUGACUUGGCAUCCACUGGCACUGUUGUGUCUAAUGGAACACCUCCCUCUCCAUCAGUGGGAGAGGUGGAGUCAACUCCUGCAGCGUUCCUGUCUCCCGCUGCCUCUCCCACUGAGGCCCCUGUUUCAGAGACCAAAAGUCCAGGGCAUGAUGGGUCUAGUGCUCCAAAAUCCCCAGAACCACCUUCAGAGAGCGAGGCAUCUGCACUGGCAGGGGAAACAUCCCCACCUGCCUUUGUAGCUGGAGCUAGCAGCCACAACAUCAUCAGUGCGGGCACCCGGAGUGAAACAGAUCCCUCGCCCUGGAGCGUAGAGCUGAGUCCAGCCCCCAUGGACAAUCUGCCAACAGGAGAACCUGGAGCGUUGGCUGUGGAUUCUCCUCAGCCAUCCUUGACUCGCGAGACAGCGCUGGCCCCAGCACCUGCAGAAAACAGAGGGGAUAUGGCUAGUCUGGUGCCUGUGGCGCAUGGAGAAACCCCAAUUUCCAACCCCAAUCUCCAGAGUGCAACAAAUCCCUCACCCUCUGUCCCAGAGCAGAGUCCCGGGGAAGCAGAGCUGCCUGCAGGAGAAACAGCAGCCUUGGCCAGUACCGAAGCAUCCCCCCAUGCGCCCUUAGGAGACAGGACUGUGACAGGCAGACUGGCUCCAGCGGGAGGAACAUCCCCACCUGCCUUUGCAUCUCCCAGCGGAGCCCUAGCUGAGCCUGAAACGAUGGGCGAUGCAACAAACGGAUUGUCCGGUGCUCUCGGGGCUCCCCAUCCAGCCCCUGCGAGGGAGACGUCUGCAGGCAGCGAGGGAACGUCUGCGUCCAUCUUUGUAGUGCCUGGGGAUCCAGCCUCUGUCCCCACCGUCUCAGACUCACCGGGAGGCCCCAGCACCAUGGGUUCUGCUCCUCCAUCUUCAGCUGGUGAGAGAGUUACCGUCCCCCCUGUAGCUAUAGAAGGAAGAGGGGACGUGGCUGGUUCCGCGUCCGCAGCCAAUGAGGAAACCACCACCUCUAACCCCGAUGCCCAGCAUGCAGAGGCGAGUCGAGCAGGUGGGGAAGAGCUGCCCCCAGGAGAAAGAGACGCUAGGGUCAAUGCUGAGACUUCCCCAUAUUCAUCCUUAGGGGAUGGGAGAGUGACAGGAAUACACACGCCAUCUGGGGAAAGAAUCCCAGCUGCCUUUGCUUCUCCAGGCGAAACCGUUGCUGGCCCCUCAGCUUCAGAGACUGCAUGGCCAGGACUUUCGUUUCCUAGUGCCCUGGUGCCCUCCUCCUCCUCUCCUGAGAGACCGACAGUAAUUGGGCCCGCUGGGGUUGCGAAAGAAGCAGCCAUCUCUGCCGGUGACUCAGGAGUGCCCGCAGCAUUCCCAGCGCUGCAGGCAGUGACCGGGCAAUCGCUAACGAUGCUACGCCUGGCCACCUCUUGUACUCCCGCCGCCACGGGAUCCCACUCCCCUUCCCUCCAUUCGGAGAAGGGGAAAACACCCCCAGAACCAGGGGCUAACCUGGGCUUGGCUGGUGUCCCCCACGUGCCAGCUGCCACCACUCCAGCACCCUCCAGAGGACGGGCAGCGACACCGUUCCCCCUCUUGGGAACAACAGCCCUUCGGUCCGAUACUAGAGCAGGGUUUGUCCAGGAGAGAACAGCAUCUGUUUCAGCUAGGACCAGAGAGGCCGCCACAAGUGGUACAGGACAGUCAGCAACAGUUGCAGCCGUGCCACUGUAUCCAUAUGGAGCAAAGGAAAGCGAUCAGCAAUACGUGGAGAGAAGAGUGGAUUUUAACUCUCAUGUCUUCAAACCUGAGAUUGGGUUCCCGUUUGGGAAAACGCUGCGCGAUUCUCUAUACUUUACAGACAACGGACAAAUCAUUUUUCCAGCCUCGGACAGUGACGUGUUCCCAUCGCCAAACCCACCUCCCGGAGGAUUUACCGGCCGUGAGAAAGUUCCAGUGAUUGCUGUGUUUUGGGCUAACGCUGAUUUCUCCAAAGGCGUUGGCAGCACGUUUUACCAGGAGUUUGUUACUCUGGAUUCUGCUGAACACCCCUUUGUCCAAGACGUGGAGACCAAGAUUCGGCGAUACCUGAAGACUUCGUACUCUGCAAAAUGGACCCUUAAGAUCACCUGGGAGAAGGCCCCGGCCUAUCCAGCAUGGCAGCCCGUCACUCGGACAAACACAUACCAGGCUGUCCUCACCACGGAUGGAAUCAAGUCCUAUGUCCUCAUCCUUUACCAAGAUGGUGGCAUGCAAUGGGAUUACACCAAGCUGGGUUUGACCAGCGUGCUGAUGGGCUACUCCAGCGGGGAUGGAUUUUACCGAAAUGACGAUCUGACCCGAAGGCCCCCAGCAGCCAAAUAUCGCCCCGACCAGUUCAGAGGCUACAACACAGAUCUGCGUGGGCUGUGGAUAUACAGUCUAGCCAGUCACGUGCGUGUGAACUACAGACUGAGGUGUCUGGCCUGGCUUAGCAAGCAGCAAGAUCCUGCCAGUUGGAAUAGGGAUCUGCCAUCCUGCCCUUGCUCUCUGCGACACGGAGCGUUGGAUCGGCACUACCGAUGGAGCAGAGGAGGUUUGGCGGACGCCCGUGUGACGAUGCUGUAUCCAGCCUCCCCAAACCAAUACGGCGCCGGGAUCCGGUGUCUCUACAACAGCCAGAACAAGCUCAUCGACGGGCGGCAGGAGAGAUCCUGGAAGGCCUCGCGCCAAGCGUCCCCUAACCGCGAUGCAGAGUUAAAGUUACAUGACUGGUGCUGCCGGCAGGCGGGGAGCCCCCAGCUCUGUGCUAAGUACAGCCAGAAGAGACCAAAGAUCAGCUGUGCUGAACACAGGCUGCCAAACCAAACAACAUCCUCAGAAGAGUCAGCAAGCCACUCCGAGGAGGCAAGAGAUUGAGAAUCCAUCUACUCCAGGCCUUUGCUAUUCUCCACAGCCAGCCUCACUCCUCUAACACUUUGCUAAGUGGGACCAGUAUAGAAUCUGUUAUGCGAUUUGGGAUCUCCUCUGUGGAUCGUAGGGCUGAAGUGUUCCUCAUUCGCAGAGUUGGUGGGAUGCUUGGGGGGGGGGGGGAAUCCAGCGGCUUUUUGCAAGAGGGCGUCUGUGUUACCCAAAGAGCAAUUCCUGUUUGCAAAU